AUGCAACAAAGCGAUCGAUAUCUAAUUGAAUCAUCUGUAAUCGCUCUACCUGGAUGCCGUGAUCGUUCCGGAUCACCAUUACUGUUUAUAAAUUGUGUGGAUAAUGUCAGUAAACCUGGCAUGAAAACAACCAACGCGCCGAGUUAUGAAGAACUGGUGUCAGUCAUCAGUUAUCUCUCCCAAAUACCUGGUGAAAAUGUCUGCAAGUUAGGAUUUACAGUGGUGAUCGAUGGACGAAAGGCAACUAUAAAACACAUGCGUAGUGCAUUACGAGCAUGCCAACAAGCACUGUAUCGUCGAAUUCGAUUCAUAUUUGUCAUUCAACCGGAAAAAUUUUUAGACCAACAAAAGCUUAAUUUUGAACUUAUCAAAGAAGCUUAUCAAUUCAAGUGCACUCUAAUCUCUCUAAAUAAAUUAUUACGCUUUGUGGACGCCAUGCAAUUACCAGAUACGCUGGGUGGCACACUACACUAUGAUCCAUAUUUAUGGAUUUUACUUAGACAGAAGAUUGAGAAUUACGUGAACAGAGCGAACAAUUGGAUAGAAAAUAACAAAAGACGUGACAAUAUGAUAUCAAAUCAGUGCGAUGAGACUUUCAAGAAGGACAUUCUCAACUCAAAUGCGCUUCUCAAAAUAGGAGACGAUUUACUUGGCGAAUUAACGCAAAAUAAUAGAAUGAACCUGCUGAAAAAUGGCGAUUGGGAUAACGCUGUGCAACACGUCGAUUUUCUCAUGAAACAAAUUAAGGACAUCGAGGAGAAAUCAUCAGAAGCAAAAUAUCGGAAACAGAGAUAUGUACCACUGAAAUUGUUGGAAGAUCAUAGUGAAGGUGUGCAUAAUUUAGUGAACUGGAUUCUGGGCGCUGGUGAGAGAUGGCUUCUGACCUUGCACGAAAUUGGUGAAUCAUAUGACGAUGCUAAGCAAUUACUGAAAGAACACAAUGAACUGGAAAAAAAGUUGAUAGGUGUGGAAGGGCAGUCGUGUGAACUGGUAGCAGUAGGACGUGAGUUACAACAUCAGUUUCCAAGACAUGCUAUGGCAUUACAACAAAGCAUAGACAGUGUGCAACAGCUGGUUCAUGCUUUUUGCACACGCGUUAUGUAUCAAAAAGAAGUUUCUUUGCACUCCGUUAACUUCUAUCACAUGCUGAAUGAGUUCUCACGGAAAACAAACUUAUUAUUGGAAUCGCUAUGUACAAAUGUGAAAGCGAAUGAUAUUGCAACUGCUGAGAAAGAACGAAAGGAAAUGGAAGUUAAAGUAGAUGAACUUGAAAAAACUUACCAUUGUGUGAUCACCAGUGGUAUGUCAUUUAUUAACAAGCUUUGUACUGAUCAAUCCAACUCAACUGGCAGACUUAUUACACGUGAUUAUUCGGCAAGUAUUGUACAUAUCAGGGAAAUAUUAGAAGAAUCAUGUGGUCGAAGAUGGCGUUGUCAGAAUUUAGCAGAUGUUCGCAGACUAAAAAUUAACCAACUUCUACAGCUCUAUACAUGUGAAGAAGAUGGACAGCAGGUAGUUAAUUGGAUUGAAGAACUUUACCAGACAUUAGUAAAUAGCUAUAAUGACUUUGAGCAACUGCAUCUCAUGCUAGAAAAUAGAUCGAAACUGGAAGAAACCGCACGAAGCACGUAUGGAUACGGUAAACAAUUAUGUCAAGUGAUACUCGUGUUGAGGAGAUCAUUAAGAUUGGAAAUACGGCCUGGAUUAAAACUGAAUCAAAGAUUGGAGUCAGCUUGGGCAAAAUUUUGUUGUGCUUUUAACAAAAAGAGAAUGGAACUUGAUAUCAUUAAUGCAUUUCAGUCUACGGUCCGCAAAGUAAAUGAGCGCCUUGAUGAGUUAUCUCUUCGACUCGAUGGCAAAGUUUCAGAAAGGCGUUCGGAAGAAGUAUCACUUACAAAUGAAAAGAGAAGUAUUGCUAAUAACAUCCAACAACUGAAACAGGUUGCUAACAUUCUAAUUUAA